GACUUGAAGCGUUAUCGCACUACAACCAAAAUACUAAUGAUGAAAAUACUUAUAGUCUUUAUUUGUCUCUUAAUUAAUGAAACGACUCAAAAUAAUUUUACCGACAAUCUCAUUGUGAAUACUUUCAAUUUUAUCAAAAUUUUAAAUGUGCCCGUGAAAAUAAGUGCCCACAUUUGCUGGACCAGAGCAAACACAAUCCAUUUUAUUAAAAGUAUUUCGGACAAAUAUAACACAAAUUUGAUCAAAAAUGUCUCUCCCAAAUAUGCCAAUCCCGAACACCAAUUAUUUAUUAUUGAUUUGAAGUGCAAUGAUUCUCUAUCAGUGCUACAGCAGGCCGAAAAAUUUAAGCUUUUUAAAAGCCCUUUCAAAUGGUUAUUACUUGGAAAUUCAGAAAGUCUCCCAAACUUGUAUUUUGGAACCGACAGCCAGAUUUUCGUAACUGAACCUAGAUCGCAAUUAGACGACAUUAAAACAAUUUAUAAAUACUCACCAAUGGUUCCACGGUUUGUCCAACAUUCUUUUGACCGCUUUUACACCAACACAAAGCGUACAAAUUUGAUGGGAACUACGAUCAAAAUCUCGUAUGUGAUCACAAACUUGGAUUCUUUGAACCACUUGUGGGACUACAGAAAUAGUCACAUUGACGCAAUCAACAAGCUAAAUUAUAUUCUUGUUCACAAUUUAAUGGACUUUUUGAACGCCAGCCGUCAAUUCACAAUGCAGCCCACUUGGGGCUACAAGAACUCCACCACCGGACUUUACUCCGGAAUGGCCGGGGAUUUACAGAAAGGGUUGGCCGAUUUAGGGGGAACCCCGUUAUUUUUCACCCCGGAUCGCAUCGACAUCAUUGACUACAUCGCAGCCACGACCCCAACAUACAUGAAGUUUAUUUUCCGGGCUCCACCUUUGUCUUAUGUGACCAACGUUUUCACCCUACCUUUUGACAGCGCCGUUUGGCAUUACUGCUUCGUCAUGGUGGCAGUUGUGGUAGUUUGCAUCUACGUUAUCGUCGUUUGGGAGUGGAAAGAGACUAAAUUUGAGGAAAAGGACACACACAGUCACAUCGAUACUCUCAGACCGAACAUUUUCGACGUCGUGAUGUUCGAAAUUGGGGCUAUAACCCAGCAGGGGACUAACGCGGAACCCAAGAGCAAUUCUGGGAGGAUUAUAACAAUUUUCUCCUUUCUGACUUUGAUGUUUUUGUAUACUUCGUACUCAGCGAAUAUUGUGGCCCUUUUGCAGUCCACUAGUGACAGCAUCAAAAAUUUGGAAGACUUGUUGAAUUCAAGAAUUAAACUCGGAGUGGAGGACAUCGUCUAUGCGCACUACUAUUUCGAAAACGCCCAAGAGCCGGUCAGAAAAGCCAUCUACCAGCAAAAAGUCGCCCCCAAAGGCCAAAAACCCAAUUUCAUGACCGCCGAAGAAGGCAUUCGAAAAGUUCAACAAGGCUUUUUUGCGUUUCACGUCGAACUUAGCACCGGUUAUAAAAUAAUAGGUGAGGUGUUUCAAGAGGGUGAAAAAUGUGGAUUAAAAGAAAUCGAGUAUGUGAACUUGAUUGAACCCUGGCUUGCAACGCAGAAAAAAUCGCCGUAUAAAGAAGUGAUGAAAAUUGGAAUGAGAAAAAUGCACGAAACUGGGGUUCAGAAUCGAGAAAUCCGCAAAAUUUAUACAAGGAAGCCCCAAUGCCAUUCGGGGGGGAGCAACUUUGGGAGUGUAGGCCUCAUUGAUUGUUAUUCGGCCUUUCUGACAUUCGGGGUAGGAAUUGCGUUUGCUUUCCUUUUGUUUGUUAUGGAGUUAAUCGUCAGGAGGUACUUCAUCAGAAGGGAAAAAGAGAGACUAAAAACUCCUAACUAAACUGGUUUAAUGUUUAUUUCAGCAUACAGUUUUAAUUGUUGCAUAAGUUAGAAUCAAUUGUAUUAAAUGCAAAUACACUCAUCGCCUGAACACGACGCUCUCCUAUAUCCAUCUAAUCUGCACUUUCUGUGGCAAAUAGCCGGAUUGCAGAAAAAACCCCUUUCCACACGUCCAGUGUGACUUUCCUCAUCGCCUGGCGUCAAGUAUUGUUAUUUGUUGUUAUUAAUUAACCAAAAUUAAACUCACCAAACGUUGCUUCUGUAGAAAUGAUAAACAAAACUACGAUUAAAGCAAAAA